AUGUUCCUCUCUCGUCUCUGCCUGUUGGCAGCAGCCGCCGGACUGUCGGUAGCUGCACCGGCCGGUCCGGAAUGUUUCACAGAACCACGGAACGAGCCCAGCCAGCUGCCGGAGCGUGUCUGUGACUUCAAUCCUGACGCGCUGCCGGCGGACGGAGCGCCGUACGAUGAGCCGGCGGUGCGCGCUUGCGCCCGCUCCUGCCGGCAGCUGCGGGACCAGGGCGGCAAACACCAGGACGGCGUCUACUGGUUCACCGGGAUGCCGGUGCCCGUCUACUGCGACUUCAGCCACGACGGCGGCGGCUGGACGCUGCUGCUGACGGCUGUCUCUGCCGACGGCUGGGACGCGCUCAGUGCUCUGGGCCGCAGUCGGCGCUCACCCACGCUCACCGACAACUACUCGAUCCUGGCUCACGCCGAUGCCAUCCGAGACCUAGGCCACAGCGCUCGGUUCGCCUACCGGAUCGAGGCGCAAGUGGAGACGGGCCGCCAGCGCUGGGGCGGCGUCUGGCUCGCGCCGCGUCACUACAGCUUCAUCCACGAGUCGCCGUCCCAGACGGACGUCACCAUCGUCAGAAAGUUCGACGAGUGGGAGUACAAGGACAUCGGCAUUGAGAAGCGGAUGCCCUGGCUGAGCACGGACUCCGCCCACGACGCUGUCCUCACUACCAGCGCGUCCGUCUCUGUGGAGUGGUGGGGCACGCUGGUGUCGCACAAGACACACACCUACUACAAGCACAGCCCAUGGCUGAACGGCGAGGCCAUGAACUCGGGAACCAUGCUCUACUGGAUGAGAGAGGAGGAGGCACACAACGCCACGGCUAUUUUCAUCAUCAACCUGAGCGUGAGCGACCUGCUCCUCUGCUGCUUCAACCUGCCGCUCUCUGCGUCCCUCUUCAUUCAUCGCGCAUGGGUUCAUGGCCAGGCUCUGUGCGAGCUGUUUCCCGUGCUGCGGUACGGCCUGAUCGCCGUCUCUCUCUUUACCAUCCUCGCCAUCACCAUCAACCGCUACGUCAUCAUCGCCCACCCAGACAUAUAUAGCAGGCUGUACCGGCCCAGAGCUCUGGCCCUGAUGCUGGCUGCCAUCUGGAUCAGCGUCUUCAUAUUCCUGGUGCCCACCCUGUCCGGCAAGUGGGGCCACUUCGGCCUGGACCCGGCCAUCGGCAGCUGCACCAUCCUCCCGAACGCCGACGGCUCGUCGCCCAAGGAGUUUCUGUUCGUGUUCGCGUUCCUGCUGCCAGCCAGUUCCAUCUGUAUCUGCUACGUGCGCAUCUUCAUGAUCGUACGCCGGACGGAGCGUGUGGCUCAGGUGGCCACACCGGCCCGUAGGGUCAGCGCAGAGCUGGCCGUGCGCACCACCAACGGCGUCACCAACGGAGCCACUGACGUCAUCAGUGGGUCCGAGGUGCGGGUGACUGAUGUGAACGGCGGCGGCGCCGAGGUGCAGGUGGCCUACGUGAGGGCCGGGUCGCCGCCUGCAGAAGGACAGACGGUCAGCCCUGAGGCCAACCGGGCGCGGAUACAGAGCCACGGCAGUCAGCUGGUCGUCUCACUAAUGGCUGCUGUGAGGGAUCGCGCCUCGCCGAGACGGGCCGGCAACAUGUCCGCCAAAGACCGUCGCCUUCUGAAAAUGAUCCUAGUCAUUUUUCUCUGUUUUGUCCUCUGCUAUCUGCCCAUUACCAUAGUCAAAGUAUUUGGAAAGGAAACGGACGCGCCAUUUAUCAACGUCCUGGGUUAUGCGUUGAUAUACCUGACGACCUGUACUAAUCCAAUUAUCUACGUGGUUAUGAGCUUGGAGUACCGACAGGCGUACCGGCAGCUGCUGCGCUGUGAGUCUCGCCGGACCCCACCGCCCGGCGUCACUCCGCACAACGGGAGCAGGGUGUAGUGGUCGCCUCGUUACGCCAUUCCUUUUUCAACCUUUUCAAUUGUUGUCGAAGAUUAGACACAGAGAAGAUAGCCGUACCUACUUGUUCUUCCCAUUGCAAGCCAUGAAUCGGACUUUGAACAAGCCAGUCUGUUUGACCUGACUGAAUUGUGGCGGUUAGAUCGCUGAGACGGUGCUGCAUUAAUUAAUCGAUGGACUGGGCAGAAGGCCCAAUGAUAGCUGAAGUGAUGGCUCAACCGUAUAAUGUAGCCGAGCUCCAAAGGGAUUAUCAAUAGCGUAACGCAGACGUGCAUUGUGAUAAAUAACCACAUUGGUGGUGCUCAUCUUCAUAAAUGUGUUGUAAUUUUCAUUUCAUUGUGAGUGGCUGUUUCUUUUCUCAUUAUCUUUAAGGUAGCGAUGUAGACUAGGCAUUCAAGCAAUGACGGACAGACGUUAUGAGUGCUACAACUUCAAGGCCAUAUCGCAUUACCAUGCUAUUUAGCUCGUACUUACCGAAGUCCUUAUGGCUCAAUGGCACUUCUCAUUUUAAUCCUCGUAUGUUCUAUUUAAUCGAACUUACCGUGUUACCAUGGAAUGACCUAUAAUGCUAUUGACUACUCGUAUCUAUCGGCUUAAUCGUUGCCUUCUGUUCUUUCAAGCACUUCUGUAACGCACUUAUGUAAAAGAGUUUCGGAAUGACCACCAAACUCUUUCGCCGAGUCUCUCAGCGGCAGCUACUACUGAUAUGCCCCUGCCAUGUGUGGAGUCUUCUAUGACCCUGAGGUCAUCUCGCCUAAUACCGAAGGUCGGGCGACCUCUGGGUCGGAGUCCCAUCGGUCAGGUGACCUCUGGGUCAGCGUCCUGUCGGUCAGAU